AUGUCAUCCAACGCCUCCACCUACUCCAACCCCUUCGCCGUCGACCCUGCCGAGCUCCGCGACAUCAACGUUCAUGCACGCGUCCCCGUGAUCCUCGACGCCUCCAACUCCACGUACUUCACGCGGAAGACGUACUUCACGCUGCUCUUCCGCGAGAACAAUCUCGUGGAUCACGUGGAUGGCACCGUGGACUCCCGCGCCAUGGUGGACGACACCGAGUGGACCGUGAUCGAUGCCACGAUCAUCCGGUGGUUCUUCACCACCAUCUCCAAGGACUUGUUCCACACUGUCGUGAGCGCCGGCGACGACGUCCGCGCCCUGUGGGAUGAACAGUCCAUUGAUGACUACUGCCGCCGCCUGAAGACGUUGGCGGAUGAGCUCCGUGACAUUGGAGCCAAGGUGGACGACGACCUCCUCCUCAGCACGCUCACCGCCGGCCUCAACGAGGACUUCGGCAACACCGCCUCUAACCUCACCUUGAUGCCGGAGCCCUCCUUCCCCAAGUUUGUGGCGUACUAG